AUGGUGCUGCUGAGCCAGCCUCAUUCCUUUGCAGCAGCUGUUGAUCUCAACAAUCUGUUGGUGUGGUACAUAGUUCCCUACUCCCAGAACGCGGAGGCCCCAGGAGGCCCGGAGGCUGAGGAGAAUUGGGAAGCGCUGGCCCCAGCCCGAAGGCAGGGCCACCUGGUCUCCUUUCCUCAGGCUCCUACUUUGUCCCCUCAACAGUCUAUAGACCCGGUCCUGGCGUCGGGGCACCACAGAGAGACCGACAACCGACCCUCCUCAGAGUCCAGCCGCCGGCACCCGGGAGGGUAA